CGGCUCUAUAAAAGUAGCCACGAGUUAGCAUUGUUGGGAGAGACCAUCUUUGAAAGUGCGAACGGUUGGUGCAGCGAGUUUAAGGCGUGAACCAGGCUACUUAAACAAUAUGUCUGAUACUGAGCAGCAAUACAUGGAGACCACAGAGAAUGGCCAUGAAACUUCCGAAGCUGACACUGCCGAGGUCAACGAGGCCGCCGCCCCUGAAGAGCAAAACGGCGCCGAAUGCGAUCAAAUAAACUCUACCAAAGGUGAUGAGGACGCUGGGUGCGUAGCUGACAUUAAUUCUCCUUUACACGAAGGAAUGAAAAUGUUUGUUGGUGGCCUAAGUUGGGAUACAAGCAAAAAGGACUUGAAAGAUUACUUUUCUAAGUUUGGUGAAGUGUCAGAUUGCACAAUCAAGAUGGACCCCAAUACAGGGAGAUCUAGAGGAUUUGGAUUUAUACUGUUUAAAGAUGCAUCAAGUGUUGAUAAGGUUUUGGAACAGAAGGAACACAGACUAGAUGGGAGACUAAUUGAUCCCAAGAAGGCAAUGGCCAUGAAAAAGGAUCCCAUUAAAAAAAUCUUUGUUGGUGGGCUCAAUCCAGAAGCAGGCGAGGAUAAAAUAAGAGAAUAUUUUGGAACCUUUGGUGAGAUUGAAGCAGUUGAACUGCCAAUGGACCCCAAAACAAACAAGAGAAGGGGCUUUGUUUUCAUUACAUUUAAAGAAGAAGAUCCGGUGAAAAAAAUCCUGGAGAAAAAAUUCCAUAAUGUUAGCGGCAGCAAGUGUGAAAUAAAGAUAGCACAACCAAAAGAAGUAUACCAGCAGCAGUAUGGUGGGAGAGGAGGAUUUGGUGGCAGAGGCAGAGGUGGAAAAGCUCAAGGACAAAACUGGAAUCAAGGUUAUAACAACUAUUGGAACCAAGGCUAUGGGAACCAGGGAUAUGGCUAUGGCCAGCAAGGCUAUGGUGGCUAUGGCAACUAUGAUUACACUGGCUAUGGAUAUUAUGGAUAUGGGCCAGGCUAUGAUUACAGUCAGGGAAGUGCAAACUAUGGAAAGGCUCCCAGGCGUGGUGGUCAUCAAAAUAACUACAAGCCAUAUUGAACAUUUAUUUCAGGUAAAAACUGAACUGGUUUGGGGUCUGCUUAAAGCUGCAGUUCUUCGUCUAGGGAAUACCUUGUGGGAGUUAUGGACUUAUUGCUCCAUUUGUACAGAAUGACAUCCUAGGGAACCAUGUCACUUUCCACCUUUUUAUUUUGUAUUGUUUUGUGUCAUACAUUUCCUGUACUGGAAGUGUUAAUUUUACUGUACUUUUUGGUACCUUUUUGGAAUCUAAUGUAUUGUAAGGUAUUUUACAUGUGUUUGAAAUCACCAUAACAUGGCUAUUGAAGCUAUUCUAGCUUUUGAAAUAAAACAAACUUUGAGUAAA